CGCAGCCUCGCUCUAUCAACAAAAAACGAUAUAAAAAGAGAGAUGGCAUCACCCAAUGAGCGCGCGAGCUGGACCGAAGAAGAGACGUUCACGUUGAUCACGCUCUGGGAAGAAAACUUCGCAGGCCUUCGUGGACAAAAAAGAAACGGGAAAAUUUACUCUGCUAUCACAGAAGCGUUGGCCAGGUACGGAAUAGUGAGGACGCGGUCCCAGGUGCACUCGAAGAUUGAAAAUCUGCGAAGCAAGUACAGAUCGUUCUCAAAAAAAAGAACAACCGGUUCUGGUGCGGUGUCGUGGCCAUUUUAUUGGCGACUACACCAAUUCCUCGGUUCUCUUCCCGUGAAUGACUCCACGCUUGCUGUUGAAAGCAACUGCGAAGGCCUGUCCGUUUCACAGGUCAGUAUGUACCUAAUAUGUGCCAAUGGGCCAGUUGGUGAGCCACGAUAUUUUUUAAAGCAUAUAGAGACAGGCGAUGAUCUCAGCGAACCUCUUGGCAAUGAGGCCGACAUGCAGCUGCUCACAGACGAUCAAGAGCAUCCAAGUCCCGUCGCUGACUCAAGUUCUGCCAAUGCAGACCGGACUUCGCCAACUGAACCGGCUGAGACAGCUGCACCUGCUGUGCAAAGCGCUUCGCAAUCCAGCGAAUCUGCACCAGCGGAAGGUGGAACAACUGUGGGGAAGCCAGCUGCUUUCAAGAAAAGGACACGAGCCGGCCACGAGUCGGCAAUAAUGGAGAUGGUAAAGGAACAAAAAAUGUUUCGGAGCAUGUGGCAGGAAAUGAAAACACGGGAGCUUGAGCUUCACAAUGAAGAGUUGAAGCUGCAGAAGGAUGCAGGCACGAGGGAAGAAAAGCUAAUUGAUGUCCUGCAGAAGUUUGUCGGGUAA